AUGGCCCCCUCUGCGGAUGCGGAGACUUUCCCCCUGCCGGUGUCAGCCCACGCCCACCACCACCUCCACAACCACAACAGCCAUGACCAUAGCCAUAACCAUAGCCACAGCCACAGCUUCCCCUCAAAAUUCGUGCCAGUCAGCGCAUCUGUCCUGCAUGGGAAACUCGAUCUGCGCUUAGAAACGAGAUAUAUAGAAGACCCGUCCGCAGGCGAGCUUCAGGUCCAGAUCAGGUCGACCGGCAUAUGCGGCUCAGACGUGAGCUACUAUAAGAAGUUUGCCAACGGCGACCUCUGUGCUUGUGCCCCUCUCUCGCUUGGCCAUGAAUCGUCAGGCGUAGUGGUUAGCAUUGGCCCGCAAGUCAAUGGCUUCAAAAUCGGCGAUAGGGUGGCCCUGGAGGUCGGGAUUCCAUGUGGUCAAUGUACCAUCUGCAGGAAAGGCCGGUAUAACCUCUGUAAGAAGAUGAGGUUUAGGAGUAGUGCGAAAAGUGUCCCCCAUUUCCAGGGAACUCUCCAAGAAAGGAUAAACCAUCCUGCCAUUUGGUGCCACAAGAUUCCAGAUCACGUUUCCUUUGACGCAGCAGCGCUUCUCGAGCCUUUGUCUGUGGCAAUCCAUUCGUUAAACCGGGCCUUGCCCGCCCCUGGAUCAACGGCUCUGGUCAUUGGUGCUGGUACCGUUGGUCUGCUCGUUGCAGCUAUGGCUCGCCAAUCCGGGUGCACUUUUGUCACUAUUGUGGAUGUGGACGAAGGACGGGUAGCAUACGCAGUUUCCAAAGGCUUCGCAACCCAUGGCUACGUCGUCCCUAAACCUCUCCACUCAAGUUCCUCAUCCUCCUCAAUUUUCACUGACGGGACCUCCACACCAGCUUCAGUCGAUGGCAUCAUGACCCCAUUAUCUAAUUACAGCACUGUCAAUGACCGCCUUGACGUCGCAAAGGCGCUCGCAGUCGACAUCCUCGCCGUCGCCAGACCGGACAUGACACCGCUAGAAGAGGAUGACGAUGACGGCGUUGACGUGACCUUCGAAUGUACCGGCAAGGAGCCAUGCAUGCAAACCUCCCUCUACGCCACCAAACCCGGCGGCAAAGUCAUCAUGGUCGGAAUGGGCACGCCUAUCCAGACUGUGCCUCUUUCCGCCGCGCACCUGCGCGAAGUCGAUAUCUUGGGAAUCUUCAGAUACGCAAACACAUAUCAGACGGGCAUUAGAUUGCUCGCCGGCAAGGGCGCCAUGAAAUUGCCUAGCUUGGACGACAUGGUCACGCAUAAGUUCAAGGGGCUGGAUAAUGCGAAGGAGGCGUUUGAGCUUGCGGGGAGGACGGUGGACGAUGAUGGGAAAUUGGUACUAAAAGUUGUGAUUGAGGCUUAG